UCGCAGAAUGCUCUUCAAUUGGAGAAAAUAAACUCUGCCUUAUUUGUCCUUUCUCUUGACGAUACCACACCCACUGAGCCUAAGGAGGCCAUGAGUGUAUUUUUACAUAAUUAUGGAUUGAACAGGUGGGCUGACAAAUCACUUCAAUUCAUAGUGUGUGCUAAUUCAUCUGCAACCAUCUCAUUUGAGCAUGCCUGGGGAGACGGUGUAGCCGUCGUCCGACUAGCCAAUGAGAUCUUUGACACUACAAUUAACAAACCACGCCCUCUGGCCAUACCCACAAGUCUUUCGCCAACCCCAAAGAAAUUAGAAUUUCGUAUUUCGGAUCGUGUCAGGGAUUACAUAGACCUUGCUAGAAAUACUCUCAAAGAGAAAGCCGAUUCUCUCUCGGUCAAUGUGAUGCUAUACGACACUUUUAACAAGAAGUAUCUUAAAGAGAAGCAAUUGAGUCCUGAUGCCAUUAUGCAGCUGGCGUUCCAGCUGGCUUAUUACCGGCAGUAUAAGACCAGUCCCUCUACAUACGAGUCCUGCAGUACUGCUGGUUUCAGACACGGGAGGACUGAGACCGUCCGACCUGCUUCCAUAGCAACCAUGAACUGUGCUAAAGGGUUUGAGGCUGCCAGAGAAGGACAGGGUGUGACAACUAAUGAGAAGAUUAAAUUAAUACGUGAUGCUGUUUCUUGGCAUUCUAAACUAGUACGAGAAGCUGCUACAGGCAAAGGGUUCGACAGACACCUGUUUGCUUUAAAGUGUCUAGCAGAAGCAGAAUCAGCCUCUGAUGUUCCUUUCUUUAAAGAUCCUUCUUACAAUAAACUGAACAACAUUAUUCUUUCUACUUCCACUUUAGCAACUCCAUCAAUAGCUUUUGGAGGAUUUGGACCAGUCAAUGAAGACAGCUAUGGAAUUGGAUAUCGUGUCAAUGACCAGUUUUUAGGCGCUAAUGUUUCUACUUAUCCCUCACGUGACGGAGCAGAGUUUGUUUCUAAUCUCAUCCUUUCAUUGAAUGAGAUCUAUGAAGUACUAGAGAGCCCGGAAUACACCACAGAAAGCAACAAAAAAGAAUAAUAUACUGAAAGUUAUUUUAUCAUUGCAAUAGUGAAGGUUUUAUCAUUGAUAAGGUGCCAUUUUGUGAUAA